GAACAAACUAGCUGGCGCCACACAGCAGUCAUCCAAAGUAAAUUAUCAGACAGUUCACGUAAUAGGUUAUAAGCUGUGUGUUAUUCUAUAUUCUAAUAAAUAAACGCGCAAAAUGGCAAUGUUUAUUACCAAUGUGACGACCAAAUUGACUUGCGCACCCAUUUUCUUAAAUUUCGUACGUCAUAAUCAAUAUAAGAAACGGAGACCUAAAUGGAAAGACUCAGAGGGUAAUUUCGAAGGAGUAAAAUAUGCAAAGAUUACAUAUUUUCCAAGACGACCAGAUCAUAUUGAUCUACCAUUCGAGCCGAGCAAAUUGUUACUAGUAAAACGAGUAAAGCCUUUUGCGGGUAAUCCUUGGUGGGAGAAACAGGUGCUCGAAAACUUGGGUUUCGAAAAUAAGAAACACGUAAAUGAUCCAGUGAUCGUAAAAAACAUACCAGAGGUAUGUGCCAUGCUCUGGAGGGUGAAGCAUCUGGUAAAGAUCAUUCCCAUAAAGUUACCCAACAAGUUGCCAACUAUGGACGAUCUAAAUGGCACAUAUUUACACGAGAAUGGCACGUUUUAUGUUGUACCGAGAGUAGAUCCUGCUCGCGAAGAAGCCAUAGAACAGUUUAUAAAUAAUCCAAAGAAGUUAAACCGCGAUAUUAUAUCAGAGAAAUUGAGGCUUAAGUGGUUAGAAGGACGUAUGUAAUAGAUAUCGAAUUUGAUCAUGAAAAUAAAUACAUGUUAAUAAGUCAUUUAUAUAAA